AUGGAGAGCAACAAUUCUAACGUUGACAACUCGACCUUCAGUGGAAAUUCAACCCCUGCUAAUGUGCCAAUAGAUGGAGGCAUGACUGAAAGUAUUGUUGGUAAUAUCCUGUCCCCAAUCGAGGAACAACGACCAGCCUACCAGGACAUUUAUCAUAGAUAUCUUGCUCUUUCUUCUACACAAGCCCUCAUUCCAGUAAGAGAUGAAGAUUCUAGGCAGGGCAUUUCGGAAUGCCUCACUCAUAUAAGUGCUGGAUCGAGAUUAUUAGCUUUUUAUUUAAGCAUGAAGACCCAUACAUACCAAUUUCCCAAGUCAACAUGUCUUGACGGCAAGGAGCGUUGCUCCAUAUGCUUGGAUGAUUAUUACGACAAGGAAAAACUCACAGAAAUCAGUUGUGGUCAUAUAUAUCAUUUUGAUUGUAUUAGAGAGUGGAUCAAGCUCAAGAACAUUUGUCCUAUUUGCAAGAGGGAUCCAGCUGCAACAAUCAGUUAA